UUGUAUUUUUUCUUCAUUUUGAAAAAAAUCGACUCGAUCUGCAAUUCUUUUGAAUUGCGAUUAAUAUAAAUUGCAAAUCUUCGAUUUUCUGGUUAUAUGAAGCUUUUAGAAGACUGCGUUUUCUUUAAUUCUACUGUUUUCAGAUUAGAAUGUGGCCAUGUUUGGAUGUACAAAUUACAAUUGAAUUAGAUUGCGAUAAUUGUGCUGCAGCAAAAGUUGUAGUUAAUGCGUAGUCACGAUGUUUAUCUAAUGGGCCAGACUACUGCGUGCGUUUGUCGCCGUUGAGGGAGUGGUGGCAGCUCGCCACCACACACCCGAGGAAUGCACCCACCGAUCUGGGUCGUCCGAAAUGUGGGCCCCACUGCUGAGAGAAUGCCGCCCGAAAAUCACACGAUCUGAUUCGGCCAUUGGAUUUCAACCGCUGACCAUUUUUUAUUCAUCAGUCCACUCGACAGCCGCCAGAAUCCAGAUAGUUGUUUUCAUCCAUCCAUCGUGAAUUUUCAUGGUUUACUCGAUUGCAGUGGGCAUGAUUUGGAUGGUCUGGAUUGAUGCAUAUGCCCGACUGCGGAUAGGGUGGCCUGAAGUCACACUGAGCUGAUUUCAGCCAUUGAAUUUCGAACUCUAAUUGGUUUUCUGGGUUUUGCUCUAUCAACCACGGGCCACAAGCUUUGGACGAUCUGGAUUGACAUGCAUGCCCACUGCAGACAGUGUUGCCUAAAAAGCCAUACUGAUCAGAUUUCAGCCAUUGGAUUUUGUCCACUUGAUGGCAAUCAAUGGGUCAGUUUUGUUGAUCCAAUCAUGGUAAUUUUUGGGCUUUGCUCCAUUGAAACACUGAUCUGAUUCCGGCCAAUGGAUUCCGAUGGCCACCAAUUGGACAAUUCCGUUCAUCCUGUCAUUGUGAUUUUUGGGCUUUGCUCCAUCAACAAUGGGCCACAUGCUUUGUACAAUCUCGAUUGUGGACCUAGCAUCGCCCAAAAGUCACGUCAAUCUGAUUUCAGCCAUUGGAUUUUGACCCCUUUUCGACCUGUCCACUUAGAUGCCUGAGGACCACCUAUUAGAUAGUCGUGUUCAUCCAGUCAAUGUGAUUUUCAAGCUUUGCUCCAUCAAUAAUGGGCUGCAUGCUUUGAAUGAUUUGGAUUGAUGGACAUGCAUGCCCCCUAUAUGUUGGAUCAAUUGACACAAUAUAGCAAGUUGAGGAAAGCACACACCACUGUCUAACCCAUAAGCUUCAUUGUCUUAUAGUGGUUUCAGCAAUCUAACUUAAAUUGGAAGUAGUUAAUCAUCUUCAAAGCAAGCGUAAUGAAUCUAACUUUGUACAUCUCUCUUGGUGCAACUUAGCUAUCACAAUCCAAGUAAAUUGUACAUCCAAACGCUACAUGAAAGUUAAGUUUUGCAUUCAAUGCAUUGGAAGUUUUGAAUUCAAUGUUUUGUAAUUUCAUCUUCAUUUUCUACAGUAGAGCCUUGUUUUAGGUUUGGGAAUUCUCAAAGUAACAUAAAGUUCUGUUUAUCUGAGUUUUUUCUGGUGGUCUUCAGUUAGCAAUUAGCGGUUUUGAUGGCAAUUUGGGAUAUUUUUCUCAUGUAUUUAAUUAAGCAAUGCAUAUGAAUUUUUAAGGUGUUUCUUGUAAUAAUAUGCUGGUUUAUUCAAUGCUUACCUCAUUCCAUUAUAUAUAUUUCCGGUUCAUGUGAAUUCAAUGGCUUCUGCAUUUUGCCAUGUCAUGAUUUUAAUGUUUUAAGCAUUCAUGUAAGAUGUGAAGAUUCAGUUUCAAGAGCUGCUAUUCCACUUUUGCCCUAAGCUGCGUGUAGAUAUCCUGAAAUAAUCAAGUGAGCAGAAGCAUUUUCUCCCAGAUAAAUAUCUGGAAUGUUUCCCGAAUGUAAUUGUUGAAUAAACUAAAUAAAGAGAAAACAUGAGAUUUAUAUUAAGAGAUGGGUUCGGGCACUCUUAAUAGAUUAGAGCCUCCAGGUGCAGAAGGUGCUAUAUUAUUUACACAGUCUGCCACUCGAGACUUGAUGACUUUGAGCUCCUACACACACACACACACCCCACUAUAGACUAGAUGACUUGAGCCCCUUUUAUGUAUAUAGAAAUUACAACCCAGUCUCACACAACAAGUAUCUGAUGUGUGACUAAAUUUACACUGGCAAUAAACAUCAGCACCACACAACAGAAGGUUGAGUUUGUAUUCUUAACACUCCCCUUUGGGUCAACAUGCUGGGUUUAAAAUCUCCAAUUGCAGCAUGUUUUUAGAUGGAGCUUUUGAUGUCUAUUAAAUCUUCUCUUGAAAUAGUAGGUCAUAGCCGAACAACAACCAUCAAGCCACCAAACCGUCAUUCAUAUGCAAAAUCCUCUCAAAGACACAAGUGCAAUACUGUGCAACGGGUGAGUGGACUGCAUUGACAACGGUUGGUGGGGGGACUACAUGUGAAGAUACAAGUGUAAUAAUGCACAAAGGUCAGUGAAAUAGAUAACAAGGGCCUAAUGAAGGAAUAAAUUAUAAAUGGAAAAGGAAAGGUUCAGUUCUGGUUGAAAUCCUCCAUUUCAGUCUGGAUUGAGCAUUGCCAUGAAUAUUCUUGUGCAUCUAGCAAUCAAACCUCACAAUUCCCAAAAGAACCUCAUGAAGCUCCACUAGCGCCACACUGCCAGUGAAUGGCGGCAAUGAAAAAGUGAGGCAGGAUGAACUGCAGCAAAAAUGGUGUCAAAAUGGUGGUGGGCACUGGCUCCCACUUGGACAAUGGUACAUCACGAAAAUGGGCUUCUCUAACACCACAAUGACCAUGUUUAUACGACGGUGGGCUUCUCACUGGUGGUAGCAGGUUGAGGGCUGAUUGAAUGACAUAGCAAGAUGAGAAUGGAGGGUGUGGUAGAGGCAAAAUUGAGGACGCCGAAGAUGUGAACGAGUAUGAAGACAUCUCCGGUGGCCCUGCAGAUUGAUUCGAUGGAUGAAAAUGAAAAGAAAUAACAAACCAAAUAAAUAAUCAACAAGAUCUAACUGGCUGUAGUACCAUGUUAAACAAACUAACAAGAUUAAUUUUAAAAAGAAAAAAAAAAAGAGAUUUAUAUGAAGAGAAUAGUUGGGGCACUCUUACUAGAUUAAAGCCCCCAAGGCACCAGGUGCUACCUUGCCUACACAGUCUACCAAUCUAGACUAGAUGACUUCAGCCCCUUUAUAUAUAUUGAAGUUACAACCCACUUUCACACGAGUAUCUGAUGUGGGACUAAACUCACCUGACAAUAAGCAUAAGACACCACACAAAAAAGGUUGAAUUUGUAUUCUCAACAGUAAUGAAUUACACACAUACCCACCCACACCCACACUCACCCAAGGUUCACCAAAUGCUUGGCGGACAGAUGAUCAUCUGUUCUGCUGAAAAAUCUGAUUGUGAAUGUACCCUUAGUUUGUGAGUCUGAUACGUACCUGCAUCCAGGCAAUAUAACUCGAGCAUUGUUUGUUGUGUAAAGUUUUUCAGCUUCCCCAUUCAGAACAUGUUCUUAUUUAUGAAAUAUCUGGCUGUUUCAUCAUCCUAUCGACUCUGUUCUAUGUUAAACUUCAAUCUUAUCAAUGUCACAGGUUCUUGAGUUUGAAUGCAAAGCAAUCAUUGGUUAACCAUUACUGAUUAUUAUUUUUUAUGUAAAAUGUUUCGAGUUCCUUUAGUUGUUGAUGCACAUUCCAUGAUUGGCUAAUGCAGACCCAUGAUGGGAAAGGACCUGCGUUUCUCGGAUCAGGAUGCUAAUAUGUCAGGUAGUUUGUUUGGUGUUGAAAGAAUACAGCUCUAAUAUUUCUCCAAAACAUGGGAAGACCACAUUCAUGAUAUCAACCCUGAGAUUUUGUAGUCUUGCUUCUUUCCCAAGGUAUCUCCAUUUUGGCAGAGUAAUAAUCUCGGAAGAAAUACUGAAUCUACUUGAGAGGAGUCACAGGUUCGAGAUGACGUAGAAGUCUGUUGGUUUCUGAAAUUGUUCAUGUUUGUUAUCUGUUAGUGCAAUUGAGAACUCUCGCUAAUAUUAGAUUGCUAUCCAUGGGCACCCACCAAAAUCAGCACUGCCUGAAGAUUAUCAUCUUCCUAAUAGUUUCUGUGCUGAUUGUGAUUCGUAUCCAUCAUUCAUUUAGAUCAACAAGAACUUUUAUAUCCAAAUCAUCAUACUACACGGUGGUUUUGGAUUGCGGAAGCACUGGUACACGAGUGAAUGUGUAUGAAUGGUUACAAAACAGCACGAAUGAUGGGGACCUGCCAAUUAUGCUGCACUCUUUUCCUGACAAUUCAACCAAGAGCCCUCUUGGACUUGAUGCUUGCCGGUACCACUGCAUACAAACGGAGCCUGGUCUCGAUAAAUUUCUUCACAAUUCUUCGGGUCUAAGCGCCGCAUUGGAGCCAUUGCUCCUUUGGGCAGAGCAUCAGGUACCUUCUCAAAGGCAUGAAGAAACUCCCAUCUUUCUUUUAGCCACUGCUGGAUUACGGAGGUUGGCGAGCGAAGAUGCUGAUUGGGUAUUGAGGAAUGCAGAAGCUGUUUUGAAGAAACACCGGUUUGUAUACAGAAGAAAUUGGAUCAGGGUACUAACUGGCAAAGAAGAGGCUUACCACGGAUGGGUUGCUCUUAACUAUAAGAUGGGGAGGUUGGGAAAUUCUUCAGUGGGGCCCACUUUAGGAGUUCUUGAUUUGGGGGGUUCUUCUUUUCAAGUGGUUAUGGACGUAGGCGAAUCAAGAAAAAAUCAGCAUUUCUUUGAAUCGGAAAUUGGUUCACUUGGGCACCAGCUCUUAGCAUACUCGUUGCCAGCAUUUGGUCUGAAUGCUGCGUUUGAUCGGUCAAUUGUCAUUCUUAGUGAAGAGCACAUGGGUGGCGAUAGUUCUGAUGCUGCCUAUGAACUCAGACAUCCUUGUCUCUAUUCGGGAUUUAUACAAAACUAUACUUGCUACGGCUGCCAUAUUUGGUUGAGUGCCACCAAUCCACUCAAUGUGAGCGGUACAAUACAGAAUCAUCAGCCUUCAACAUUUUAUCUAGUUGGUGAUCCUGAUUGGGAACGAUGCCAGGAUAUUGCAAGGGCUACUGCAAUCAACUCAAGCCGUUCUGAUUGGUGGCAGCUGUCUGCAGAUAUGGACUGUGAAGCACACUCUUCUUCUAGAAGUGCCAAUUCACUCAGCUCGACAAACUCGUCCCGUCCAACUGCUCGCUUUCACGCUUUAUCAGGAUUUUUUGCUGUCUACAACAUGCUGAAUUUGAAUCCUAAAGCCAAUAUUACAGAACUUAUGGAAAGAGGCCAGCAAUUGUGUUCAAGAUCAUGGAAUGACAUGGAAAGAACCUAUGGGACACGAUUUUACAUGGAGCAAUCAUGUUUCCGCGUUCUGUAUUUGGCUUCACUCAUUGAGGAUGGUUUGUGUCUGAAUGAUGCAGAGAUAAUUUUCGGUCCUGGGGAUGUUUCUUGGACGUUAGGAGCUGCGCUAGUUGAAGGUGGAGAUUUUUGGUUGGGCAGAACAGAAAUGUUAGCUAGCAGUUUUAGCAUGAUCAGUAUGGAGGUUGUCUUUUCACCCACUUUUCUGUUUGCACUGUUUUUGUGUCUUGCAUUCAUUGUUUAUUGUUGGAACAGAAAGUCGAGUGCAACAGCAUUGCCGAAUCUGACAUUGAGCAAAAGAGGUCCUGCGGGUGUGAUAUCAUUGCCAUCUUAUAUUUAUCCAAAAAGACAAUUGAAAUGAUUACAAAACAUUGCUUCACAAACCUAAGUGACGUAUUUUGGUUGAUAUAAAACUUGGAUUGGGAUGAGUUAAUACUGGUCAGAGAUGCAUUUUCAUCAUUGUCAGCAUUCCCCUUAAGAUGAUAAAACGGGUAUUUUCUUUUGAGUUAUUUUGGCCCACAUGGGCCCAAUGAUCAUGAGGUUCUUCGGUUGAUUAUUGUGUCCACUAAAACUCUAGAAAGCAUCAUGUGAGGGGAGACAUGGAUGACUCCGAUUGUUGAGGAGAGGAGCUCUAGCGGCAGUCAGACCCAAGAAAAAUCUGAUAAAAUUUUGAAGGAUGGGAUUUUCUCUGAUACAGUUUGAGGAAAGAAGACCUCUGCUCAUUCUCGCCUAGACGGAGAAACUAAUGGAACAGCAAACAAGAGUAGGAAGAGGUAAGACUAUAGAGUGGCAAUAGAAGAAUUUCAUCCUUGAAAACGUUCACAGAUGUAAGUCUUUUGCCGAAAACUAUUUGACAACUCCCAUAUUUUGCUGUGUAUUUCUAAUGCUUGUUAUUCUUCUUUAUGUUUCUUUAUUCUUUCGAUUGUAUUUAUAUCUUUUGGCAUCCAGGCCAAUUUGUGAACAGAUUGAAAGUCAAUAUAGCUGUUUGCUACCAAUUAAAGUGGUAUCUUACAA